UUUUCCACCUCUAUCAAUUGAUUACUUUUAUUUUGACGCACUGGGGCUAAAAAACAUUUUUCGGCGUAAAACAAUGGAGGCCCUGGUGAAUUACAGCAGCGAGGACGACCAGGACGAUGCUGGAUACCAAAUCCGGGCACCACAACAACAACAACAUUUGCAGUCGCAUCCGCAUGCAAAAUCAGCAGCAACAACAACAACAACUAGCUUCCUAAGGCAGAGAUACAACAACAAUAACAACAAUGGAAGUAGCGACGGCGACGUUGACAUCGCCGCCGGCAGAGACAGUCGCAGCGGCAGCGGCAACAACACCAGUCCGCGGGAAAAGCAGAAGGAGAAGGAUAAGGAGAAAAGGCGACGCCAUCACACUCCUCCUCUGCCGACGUCGCAGCAGCAGAAUCACAGGAUUGAUGAGGACCCGCAGCCCAGUAGUCGCCACCGCCAGGAGCGGGACAAGGACAGGGAGCGGGAACGGGAACGGGAACGCGAACGAGAACGGGAUCGCGAGCGCGAGCGGGACCGGGAUAAGGACAAGGAAAGGGAGCGCGAGCGGGAGAGGGACAAGGAUCGCGAGCGGGAGCGGGAGAAACGCGACCCAGAACGAAACCGCGACAAAGGACGCGACAAGGAUCACAGCAAGGGCGAUCAUCGCCACCAUCGUACCAAAGACGGCAACAGCCACAGGGAGCGCGAAAGGGAGCGCGAGAGGGACCGGGAGCGGGAAAGGGAACGGGAAAGGGAACGGGAACGAGAGCGGGAACGGGAUCGCGACAAGGACCGCGAACGCAGGCGUUCGGAAAAGGGCGCUCGCCAUCACGGCGGCAAGGAACGCCACCAUCAUCACAACAACUCCUUGUCCUCCUCGUCAGGCGCCGCAGCGGGAGCAGCGGUCAAUGCGGCAGCAGCCGGGCGUCGCUCCUAUGAUGACCGCAGUCGUCGUCGUCGCGGGGACUCCCGGUCCCGUUCCCGCACGCCCACAGGGACACCGCCCGCUCGUCGUCGCCACCAGUCGCGCAAGUAUCGCGAACGCGACUCCAGCAGUCGCUCCAGAUCUCCGAAAGAAGAGCAGCAGCCCGCCCAGCCACUUCGCGGUGGAGCAGUGACCGGUGUUCACCAGCUGCUCGGCAAAUCCGGUGGCGGAGUAGUGGGAGGAUCGUCGGCAACAACGACAACAACAACAACAACAGCAGCAGCAGCAGCGGUGGCUGCAGCAACCGCUUUGGCAGCCGCCAAUGCAGCUGCCGCCGCAGCAGCCAUGGCAGCAGCCUCAUCCGGAGGAGCAGGCGGUGUCGGUGGCGGUGGCCUGCUGCCGACGCCCAACUAUGCACCCAAGAUACCCUCGCUGAUGUCCCUGGAGCUGAGCACGCCGGCGGUGGCGGCAGCACCCGCACUAGUAGAACCCAUCCAGCUGCCCAGCUACUACAAUCCGGGCAUCAUCAAUGCCAACCGCUAUGCGGAGCAGCAGCAGAAACGCAAGCUGCUGUGGGGCUCCAAAAAGAGCGAGGACUCGGCGAACAAGUGGGGCAACGCCCACUUCUCGCAGGACUCCGACGGCAAGGUGGCCUCCAAGUUUAUGCGUCUGAUGGGCAUCAAGAAUGCAGUCUCGUCCGGCGAUGGAGAGUCCAGUGGUGGUGGCGGCGGCGCUGGCGGCGGCGGCGGUGACCAUCCGGAGGCCAGCAACGGGAGUGCAGUUGGCGAGGCUGCUGGUGGAGGUGGAAGCGGAGGAGGAGCAGCAGCAGCAGCAGCAGCAGCGGCUGCCCCCGGCGGAGUGAAAGUGCCGACGGAUGUGCAGCAGCGCCAGCGCAUGUUCUCCAACAUGGAGCAGCAGUACGAGAUGGCGCGAGCCGCCACACACACGAUGCGGGGAGUGGGCCUUGGCUUCGGCUCCCAGCCGCGCACUUUCUAGAGGGGAUCGGCGAAGGACUGGAGGACCCAACCAGGCUGUAAAUACCAUGCCACUCACUCAACUCAUUAGUCAUGUCAAAAAGUUCCCACUCAACCACUUUUUGUUUGUGUUGAGCAAAUGUUUUAUGAUUUCAAAUAAACGUUGCAACCGAA